AUGAGAGUAUUCAGAUCAGUGAACAACUUUGCCAGACAGCUCUACACAAGGGGACACGACGCCCAUGCUCAUCACGAGCUUUCGACCUUAACUCAUGGUCCUCCAUCAAAGAAGGCAUCUCUCAUCUUUCUUGGAUCACUCACAGUGGUUCCAACAGUUUUGUGUUCAUUGUGGUACAUUACAUACGUAGGAAAUCCAUUCACUAGAGCCGCUCAAAAGAAGGAAUAA